GGUGCGGUACCAUUCGGAGGAUUGGUUUUCCUUUUGGGUUCAGUUGGCACCAAUCGUUACUUCCGUUCGCUUACGAUGCCGUUCAAUUCCGCGACCGCGACCUUGUGAUCGUGUCGUGGCGGUGAAGGCCUCAAACAACGCAACCACCUUCGGUACGGUGUGUUAAUACCCGGCACACGAACACACCGGUGUGCUGUAACGACAGAAUGGAUGACAUUAAGGAAAACCUCAUUCCGAACCUUCAUUUUGCGGAAAACGACGAGGAAGAGCUUGCGGAAGAGAUCGGACUUCCGAGGCGCCCCACGAUCCCGUCGCUACGCCAGCGCAACUCGCAGAUUAACAUGCUGGAGCAGAUGACGCACACCGAGGAGCAAGAGAAGCUGAACGAGCUACGCCAGCGGAAGGCUACGUCGAAGAAUUCCGUUCGCCUGGGGAAGGGUAAAAAUGGUCAGCAGAAAGGAGGCCCCAUCGAGGAGCCGUUCGGGGAAAGCCUGAUGGUGCUGGAGUUUAGCGAGAGUGCGUCGACCGAAGCGAUCCAGUGGAUCAUGGAGAAAAUAGGCGGACGUCGCGUGGACGGUGGGUUGGAGUUAAUCGUACGGAAGGAACCUUUGAGCAGAGAUAGUCAGACGAUCAUCUUUCACAUCUCCGCCACACACAUGAAGCUGCUUGAGUUUGCCGACGAUAUGGGGUUCAUGAAGCGUACCAAAACCGGUAUUAUCAGAAACUUUAAUGUGGCCUGCCUGGACGAGUUCUUCUAUGACGAAAACAUGACGCUGGAAGACAUUCUGACGCCGGGCGAUCGGCAGAUCAUCGUCAAGUACGCGCUGGAUUCAAUCAAGGCGGCCGACGAUGACCACCACAUACCGGGCACGAAGAUCAUCCUGUACCAUGGUCAAUCGAUCGUGCAGGCGGCCCAAAGUGCCGAGCUGAUUACCAACCUGUACUCGCUGCACGACAAACGGAAGCUGAAGGAACUUCGCCACCGCUGGAUCAAACCGAACCGGAUGCAACCGAUCGACGAAAUCCGAGACUACUUUGGCGAAAGUGUCGGCAUGUACUUUUCGUUUCUUGGCUUCUACACGUACGCGCUCGUCGUGCCGACGGUGUUCGGUUUCCUGCAGCUCGGUCUCUCGGAGGAAACGGAAACGGUGCCGUUCUUCUGCGUGUUCUACGUCGUUUGGAUGAAGGUGUUUCUGGAGCUGUGGAAACGGAAAAGUUCGUCCCACGCAUACCGCUGGGGUACGAUCACGAUGACGAACCUAGACGAACCGCGGGUCGGUUACUACGGUAAGCUGGCGCGAGACCCCAUCACGGGCAAGUGGACACCGCACUAUCCGAAGUGGAAAACGUACGUCCAGAUGUACUGCGUCACCGCACCGAUUAUCCUGCUGUGCAUGGCCAUCGCUGGCUUUGUCACGAUCUUCCAGUUCUACGUCGAAGCCUACCUGGCGGAGCUGUUCGGGCCGGAUGCGUACAUCCUCUACCUGCCGUCGGUGGUGAACGCGAUUUACAUUGCCGUGUCGACGCUGGCGUACGAUCGGUUAGCAACGUUCCUGACCGACAAGGAAAACCACCGCACCCAAAGCCAGUACGAGCGACACCGGGUGAACAAGCUGAUCGUGCUGGAGUUUGUCAACAACUUCCUGUGUCUGUUCUACAUCGCGUUUAUCCUGCAAGAUAUGAAGAUGCUCAAGACCCAACUGAUGAUGCAACUGAUCGUGCUGCAAUUUCUACAAAAUGUCUUCGAGAACCUCUACCCCUACUUGAAAAAGAAAGUUGGCCUCAAGAUCGUCCGUUUGUUUGUGAAAUCAAAUUACGAGAAGCUGAAGGAAGCGCACGAAGUGUACGAUGAGAUGGGCCUUCGUACGCUCGACACGGAGGAUCCACGGGUUAUGCAGAACCGCAAGGAGGCGAUCCUUGAGGAGUACAACACGUACGACGACUACCUGGAGCUGUACAUUCAGUUCGGCUAUGUGGUCUUGUUCUCCUCGGUCGCCCCACUCACCGCCUUCUGGGCCAUCCUCAACAACGUGAUCGAGAUCCGCCUGGAUGCGUACAAACUGUGCAGCUUCUUCAAGCGCCCGUUUGCUAGACGCACCAAAAACAUCGGCGCCUGGCAACUUGCGUUCGAAACACUUGCCGUCAUCUCAAUUCUGACCAACUGUGGAAUUUUGUAUCUUUCGCCGCAAAUGAGGGAGCUCGGUGCUAAUCUCAGCCGUGAAGGGUACACACUAUCCUUCCUCGUGAUCGAGCAUAUUCUGCUCGGGCUCACGUGGUUCAUCUACAAGGCCAUACCGGACACACCGCACUGGGUGCGAGUGGCGCUGGCCAAGGCGGAACACGAGUCAAGACAGGCCCUGAAACGGGAGAACGCACAACGAUCUCGCAACGUACUUUUCCGACGGUUUCGCAGUGUUCACGAUACUCACUCGAUGUUGAACUAGUCCAACGAAGCGAAAUCACUUCACAAAAUGCCAAAAAUGCAGACGCGAACCGUGUGAAAUGCUUCGACUGAACUUCAUCAUGCACAGAGCGUGCCUUCCUUCCGUCGAUGAUUGAGCGAGACUUAAUGGAUGGAAAAUGUUUAGUGCACAAUGUAACAAACAAUUAUCUUGUCAAUACCUUAAAGGGACAGAAGGGAAUUUUUAGAUAGAAUGUAAUAA